UGCGAAAAUGUCUACACUUUUAGAAAAGUUUCGUAUUUGCGAUACGAUCGACACGAAUAUUAAGUAUGAAAUCAAAUUAUUUCACGUUUUCAACGACUCUAACGACAAAAACAAUAUACUUUUUGUCACAAACAAUGACUCAGUCUAUGGUUUGGGCGCUAACUGUAAGGGGUGUCUGGGGUUGGGUCACGACAUUGAAGUGAAAACACCGCAAAUGAUACCCGAAUUGUGUGACCAAAGGAUCCGACAGUUUAUCAAUGGCUCGGACUUUGUGUUGGCUAUGAAUGAGGACAACCAUGUGUUCAGUUGGGGACACAAUCAUAGCGGACAGUGCGGCCGAAAAGUGACGCCAUUUCGCGUUGGACACACACUAGCGCUCACCACCGGUGGACAGGUGUACGGGUGGGGCAGUAAUAGCUCGGGACAGAUAGGGUGCGGGGAUAAUAAAAAUCACGAGUUGUCGACAGUAGGUUCGGGAGGUUUCGGAACAGUAUUUAAAGUAAAACAUAGAUUCGAUGAUCAGAUAUAUGCCGUCAAAAGAGUGCAAAUUAAAGAGUCUACUAAAGAAUACUUAGAAAAAGUUUAUAAAGAAGCGAAAAAGUUAAGUAAAUUGAGUCCAGAUUUUGUGGUCCAGUAUUACAACUCGUGGAACGAAAGCAAACACCUCUACAUUCAGAUGGAGUUCUGUUCACAGAAUUUAAGGAAUAUUCUUGAAGUGAAACCACAAGUAUUUGGCAGAGAAUUGGGAGAUGGCAUGGAUUGUGUCGAGUAUUUCAUUUCGUGUGAAAUAUUGCGACAAAUCUUAGAAAGUGUUCAGUAUUUGCAUGAAUUGAAUCCACAGAUCAUUCACAGAGACCUCAAACCAGAAAACAUAUUAAUCGCUNGUGAAAUAUUGCGACAAAUCUUAGAAAGUGUUCAGUAUUUGCAUGAAUUGAAUCCACAGAUCAUUCACAGAGACCUCAAACCAGAAAACAUAUUAAUCGCUGAGAAUGUAAGAAACGGUAGAUUUGUUAAGUUAUGUGACUUUGGUUUGGCUGUCGAGCACCGGACGCCAGCGGACAGACAUACGAAAAAUGUGGGAACUUUCAAAUAUAUGGCACCAGAAUUGUGUCAAGCUGAAUAUACAGUCAAAUCAGACAUUUUUAGUUUAGGAAUCAUUUCAAUGGAAUUGUUUGACAUAUCCUUAGAUGACACUGAACCAGUGAAACUCUCAGUGCAUGGUGUCGACCAUAAAUUCAAUGGACGAGUGAAUGGUUUUAACAGCGAUUUCGAAAAACUAGAGAAUCUCUUAACGCAAGAGAAAGCAAUGAUUGAGUCGUUGAGUGAAUAUCUGGUGUCCGAAGAGGUCCUCAAUUCUCGCAUAAGACGACUGACAGACAACUCGUUGAGUAUGAACUCAAUUGCACUGAAAGAGGACACUUUGUCCUUUGACACUUUGUUACAACGCCUUUCACGGCAA